GGAUUCAGUCGAGCGCACUCGACACGAGAAGAGAAAUAUCAAGUCUAAUAUAGUAGUAGAGUAGGCUAUACGCAACAACGUCGGAGAAGAAUAGAGUCGAGUUUUGACGUUGGCCAAACAGGACCGAGAAAAGAGCUAUCACGCUGCGCCGAUAUCAGUAGGUAACAUCACGUUACGUCAAUCUCAAACGUCCACUUUGCAUCUAUCGCAUUAGCAUCUUCUUCUUCUUAUUGGCCGGAUUUAGAAAUGCCGAUCCAUAAGUUUUUGGUCGUCUUCGUAACGGCGGUGCAGCUCUUGUCGCUCCGUGUCCAAUCUCAAGUGACGUUCGACCAACCGUGCCCAAAGCUCGACGUCGUUCGCGAUUUCGACCUCCACAGGUAUCUUGGCCUCUGGUACGAAAUUGAAAGCUAUCCGGCCGUCUUCAGCUCGUUCGCCAGUUGUGUGACGGCCAACUAUUCCUUGCUGGCCGAUGGCAACGUCCGAGUGAUCAACCGGAGUUUCAACACCAGCUCGAAGAGUUUCAACAUGGUCGACGGCACUGCCCGGCUGAUCGAACCGCCAAAAGGACAGGCCAAACUAGGCGUCGUUUUCCCAUCGAAUUCUUUCAGCCGACCUGUUCCAGCCGACGGCAACUAUUGGGUCCUAGAUACCGACUACACCAACUACUCGAUCGUCUGGACUUGCCAAAGUUUCAACGGCAAAAGCAUUCAAUUUCUCUGGUAUUUAAGUCGCCAGAGGCAACCGUCGGAAUCCGGAUUGACUUUCGUCCACCAUCGCAUCCAUUCGUUUGGUUUGGAUCAAAAGUUUCUCAAGACCACGGAACAACGCAACUGCCCGGACGCUCCUAGUGACGAGACAAGCCGGCCAAUUCGUCAGCAGCAACCAACUCGUACAAGUUACUACUACCGAGAAAAUUAAAUAAAUAUCCCGUUGGGCACUAUAGUACGCAGUGCAGUAGAGUUUGCUUGUUGAGUUGUCCUUGCGUUACUUUACCCCCCGUACCGCACCGGCUGCAUCUUUAAACCGAAAGUUUCAAUGUCCCGUGUUUUCCAGCACAUGCCGAUGAGUGACAGGUUGGCGGAUGGGAUUAUCGAUUUUAAGGGUGGUGCCUCCUUCUUUCACUCUUGAAUGUAUAUAUGUAUACCCCCUCCUUGUGUCGGGGUAUAUAUCGGCGGUUUGGAUCACGCUCUGCCAGUCCAUUAGUUGACACAGAGCACUCUCCUUUUUAUUUUUAUUUUAUUUUUCUUUCUUUUCUCUUCGGCCUCUAUUGUAUUUUUCUCUCCCCCACCGCCAAACUUUAAGUGAUGGAUGACUCUUUAUUUUAGCCACACACACCAAAGUAUUUUGUAUUCAACCACAUCUGAAAAAGGGGCUACAUAAUAAAUAUCUCGAUCGAGUAACAUAACAAAA